CUCUGACCAUGAGACCUCUCGAACGUCAUCAAUAAACUAGAAGCUGGUGGAGCAAUAGCUGUGCAGCUACAGUCAAGUGAAUCUCAGGAUAAAUAGAUGGUAAUGACUGAGAACAAAGCUGCCUUUUCACACGGACAACACCGAUUCAAACUGGUGAAACAUUCAUCCUCAAAACACGAAACUCUGAAAACUUCACUUCAUCAUGAACCCAUUUGUGUGCGCUGUAAACGUGGGUUUAUUCUGAAGGUCCCCAGCAGCACUUCCUCUCCUGCUCUGGAACUCAGACCUGCUCCACUCGGAGAGGAGCAGACUGUCCCCGUGCGCAAACACACGCUCAGCACCAGGACUCGCGCAGGCGAGACGUGACUCAGCCCGUUCAAAGUUCAAGCAGCGUUCGCACAAGUCAAGGCUGCGGCGUCUUUACCAGCAGCAGGGACCUCAUCAGCCUGUGACGGGUCUCUAAGCAACAAGUGUCAGCGCAUGAGACAAAUGGAAGGAAGCGGCACCCACGUCCUCGUGUCCAGGUUGAGAUGAGCCUCCAGUCUGGAGAGAGGCGUCAUUUAGUUACAGCUGCGUUCGCUGCGUUUUGAGGCUUCGGCGCCGCUGCUGUGAGGGUGAUUCGCAGCCUCCAAAGGUGACAUGAUGAAAGGGGGGCGCGCGAGCGUGAACGAGGUGUGAGUUGGGAGCUGAAAGGACAAAGUGUGACAAAGCAGUGAACGCGGCGCCGCACGCGCGCGUCAGGCCGUCUAAAGGUGAAGCUCAAGGUUGCCGUCGCUGCUUCCUGCCGCUCCGUCUGAUAGGACGCUGGCAUGUUUGCACUGCAGCGGUGCUCCUCAGAGGAGUUGCUAGGGAACAUUGUAUGAUGGGAAUAAAACCUCCUCACAGCGCUCCGGUUCGCUUCAUGACAUAAGGAAACUAAUGCAAACUGCCGGGCGCGUGAGCGAAGUGCGGAGUUGAGGCGUCCGCCGCUGGAGACCGCACAUCUGUCGGCUCUGAUGUCACUGAAUGAGCAGUGCGGGCUUCCAGUGCGCACCAGCGGUGGACGCAGCGCUGGAUUCAGCCCACAUCUGGAUUCGAAGCUGCGGCUCGUCAGACGCUGCCCGUCCGUUCGGCUUCAUUUCUCUGAACUUUUGGACGCAGAGGAGCAGCGGUCGCCGCACGUUCGCCUUCGCUGACCGCGAAGUUCGCCCAGUUUACGCCCAGCAGCGGCAGCGGCAGCGCUCGCGCCAUGGAGAGCGGCGUGGUGCACAUCUACAAGGAGGAGCGGUGUCCGACGGGCCAGCCGGACCGGUGCGUCCCGAACUUCACCUGGCAGCCCGGCGCGUCCGACGUGUUCAACUACACGCCCAACGGCACCUGGGACGCGGAGCCCGAGCCCAUGUCGCCCAUCAUCCCCAUCAUAGUGGCCGUGUACUCCGUGGUGUUCGUGGUGGGCUUGGUGGGCAACUGUUUGGUGAUGUAUGUCAUCAUCAGAUACACCAAAAUGAAGACGGCCACCAACAUCUACAUCUUCAACCUGGCCGUGGCCGACGCGCUGGUCACCACCACCAUGCCGUUCCAGAGCACAGACUACCUGCUCAACUCCUGGCCCUUCGGCGAGGUGGCCUGCAAGGUCUUCAUCUCCAUCGACUACUACAACAUGUUCACCAGCAUCUUCACGCUGACCAUGAUGAGCGUGGACCGCUACGUGGCCGUGUGCCACCCCGUCAAGGCGCUGGACUUCCGCACGCCCGUCAAGGCCAAGAUCAUCAACGUGGUCAUCUGGGUGCUGUCGUCGGCGGCUGGGAUCCCGGCCAUGGUCCUGGGCAGCACCCAGACCAACAACGGAACCACGGAGUGCGCCCUGCAGUUCCCCGAGCCCUACAGCUACUGGGACACCCUGAUGAAGAUCUGCGUCUUCAUCUUCGCCUUCGUGGCCCCCGUCAUCAUCAUCACCGUGUGCUACACGCUGAUGGUGCUGCGGCUAAAGAGCGUGCGGCUGCUGUCGGGCUCGCGCGAGAAGGACCGGAACCUGCGGCGGAUCACGCGCCUGGUGCUGGUGGUGGUGGCCGUCUUCGUGGUGUGCUGGACGCCCAUCCACAUCUUCAUCCUGGUCAAGGCGCUGUCGGGCAGCGUGCCCGAGACCACGGCCGUCAUGGCGGCCUACUUCUUCUGCGUGGCGCUGGGCUACACCAACAGCAGCCUCAACCCCAUCCUCUACGCCUUCCUGGACGAGAACUUCAAGCGGUGCUUCAGGGACUUCUGCUGCCCGGGGGCCCCGGGCCACGGCGACUGCCAGGGCGUGAGCCGCGUGAGGAGCACCCUGAGGGACCACUCCUGCCCCACGGACGCCCGGGGGGACAGGAGGCAGGCCCGGCCCGUAUGACUAGCCAUGGACGCGUCCUGUCAGGGCUGGGAGGACUCCAACGACCUGGGCCUGACCCAGAUCACCACCGCCAUCUGAGGAAGACGCAGACGCACAGUGGUUAUCACUGAGCUCGGAUGUCAGGGAAGUCCAGCAAAUGCAGUAAAGAUGUUUGUUAUUCGUGCUUCUAGUUGUGAGCAGGUAUUAGGUGUCAGUCUGUCCGAGCUGCUCCGUUCCUCUGGUUCUGACCAAAACACAGUGUUUGACACCUUUAAACUAAAAACCAACGGCGUGGUUGUUAUUCAGAUUCGCGCUGCUGUAGAAAAUGCUGUGGACACGAGGUCAGUGUGAGAAACAAAGAGCGGGCGUUGGAUUUAUUGACAGCGACGCAAAGACAAACAACCUGAGUCCGUUUAGAUCCUGGUGGUUGUUCAUCAUGUUCGACGUCUGUUCUGAUGAAAUCCACUCUGGUUGUUUUUCACUAUGAAAAGAUGAUGAAAUGUUUCAGCUGCGGCUGUAUUUGCAUUUGUUUACCGCCCUGUGAAUUGUCUCAUAGCCUUUAACAUUAGCGUAAAGCACACACUGCGUAUAAGUGGUAUUUUAUGUGCAGUGGAAACAGAAGCGCUGUUGCUUAGUGAGGAACAACCUGCAUUUCGAGCAUUGGAUCCAUUUUGUGUGACUUGUAGUUUGGUGCCUUGCUUUUAAAUGGCCUGUGUCACUGUUUGACUGGACGCCCCGUGAAAACAUAAUCAAGACCUUCUCAGGAAUCGCUCUCUGUGACUCACGACUCACGAACGUGAAUCGAAGGAUUUCCUCCUGAACGGGAUCCAUGACCACUGGGAACUGAACCUUGUGCCGUUCGCAUUAGUUUAUUGGAGACUGAUUCAAACUUUAAAGGCUGAUUGUGUCCAACAGUGUAAAUAAUAUUGUGUGUCUGUGUUGAACUGGGCAGAGGGCUUCAAGGCGACUGCCCGAACAACGCGGCUUUGAGCAUUUCGUGCAGUUUCAUGUUCAUUCUGUGGAAUGCCAUGUCAUCGCCUGCCAGUCGUGCGUUCAUGCAGAUGUUACUUCAGUAGAAAUGCUCUGGGUUCCAGCUUCAUCCUGACGUCGGCGGCAGCGAUUCUCCCCUUGGAGCUGCUGAUUAAAACACUCUGACCGUUUACAGAAGGUUUUAACUGGCCUUUGUUUCUGCAUCUUUGCUUCAUCUUGUAAAGAACUGAUUUACUGACGCCAGUGAAACGUGUUUGUCUAACUAAUGACCGCAGGUAGUGAUAGAAAUGUGUGGUUGUGCCUUGUUUGGUGUGCCUCACGGUAUCCAGUAUCCAGACUCAGCUCGUUUUGCUGUAUCUUUCAGCUUUGGAUGUGAAAACAAGCAUCAUGUAUGUAAAGUGAAGUCACAAUAAAGUUGUAAAAACACAAACUGACUGACUGAUAUAAGAACAGGUCUGAGUUCAGGUCUUAAUAAAACCCCCGGGGCGUCAGGAAGCCGCGAGCUUAUAACCCAGUCCCCAGUGAUUCGUUUCAGCCCUUAUUACCUGUAUUUAACUCCAGGUUAGUUUCCAUGGUGAGCACGGUGACUGAAAAGCACAAGUCCAAGGUCUAUUGUACUAACUGUGAGGCGUUUUCGUUGGCGGCCUUGCAGCGAAUUCACAAUGACUGCAAAUUCAUCCUGUGCACGAGCAGCUGGGAGCCUGUUGUUGCUGCCGUGCUCGGCUCCGUGCUCGGCUCCGGACUCGGACGGUGUCCAGGUCAUUUGGGAAAUGGACGGGUCGCAUUAGAGGGUCAGCGGUUGCGUGACGACAACAAAACACAUGCAGCAUCAGAGUAAAUAGUCAGAGCUGCCACGUCCUCACCAACAGGACAGUUCUCCCUCUGUUACUAAUAUGAUGAGUUCAGAUGCUUUAAUUGUGCAGUGUAUUAAAAUGAAGUUAGCACAAAUAUGUUUUAAUUAAUAGUGUAAAUAUUUGAAACUACCUUUAAAGUCUGAAUAUGUAACAUUCGGUGUGAAAGAGGCGAAGCUGCAGGCGGCGGUCAGACAGGGCGUUGCUAUUAUUUUAUAGCACUGUGUGUAAUUUUCUGUCAAAGGACGUGUUCUGUGCCGGAGAACGGCGCCGCUCUUCACAGCGUGUGACAGAUCUAAUGGUGCACAAUGAGCAGGAAUUCAGACGCGCACGGAGCCAGCGAUCAAUCUGUUGGGAAUCAGGAGAUGCAGUCUGUCCUCAAGGUGUGUGUGCGUUAUCCAGCAAUUAUCUUCCCUUCAGUAAUAGGUUCCUGCCUAAUGCGGCUCUAAUAGGUUUCAUUGUUCAAAGGAGAAACUGUCAGUCAUGCUGCAGAUAACAGUGAUGGAAAAAAUGUGAGCUUGGUAUUAGAAUAUACGUUUUUUAUAGACUGAUUAAUCUGGGUCCACAUUUUAAUGAAGGAUUUAAGGAGUAAAAUGAUUUUAUUUGCAUUAAGGGCAUAUGCUUUCAUUUUAAUUCAUUUAAUGGACUCUGGGGGAAAGAAAUACAUUUUUAUUACAUUAUUAUCCCUCAUUAAACAUUGAAUUAAGUUGUUUCAAAUAACACACGACUGUAAAGACAGACUUCAUCAGCAUUUCUGUUCAUAGCUGUGUUCAUUUGACAAACGUAUUUAUCUGUUGUGGUUCAGGAUGAAACUGUUCAUGCAAACAUGAUAGUUUCAUUUAUUACAGUAACCAUAGUUAAGAUGCUAUAAAUUUACUGGUUCCUGUGAUUAAAAUGUUUGCAUUCACUGCUUUAUGGUAGAACACACAACCAGUCAAACCUUCCUCCACCUCUGGUCUAAUCUGUAAAGACUGAUCACCUGACUGUUAACUACUGAUAAAUCCACGGUGCUGUUCCUUAUACUGGACCACACGCUACAGGGGAAGGUUUCAAGGCCUUUUAGUAAACAUGAGUCAUAGGUGUGGAUGGGGCCAGAGGCACAGGCCGUUCAACGAUGCAACGAUUGUGUUUCCUGGCAGUGACAUGAGGUUUUGGCUUUGAGUGCUCUCAGUCUGAUUUUCAUCUGAUGGAAGAGGUUUUGAAGAGGGGCUGAGGAGUGGGAGGGAUGAAACCAAUUCUCAUUCUGACCCUGCUUGUAUCUGCAAGAGUAAGAACUUACAAACCUUCAGUAAUAGGCUGCCACCUAAUUAGAUGCUGCCCAUGAAUAAUAAUUUAUAGCGAUGUUUAACGUGAUUUAAAUCAGCGUUUAAUGUCAUGACGUCUCCAGUGGAGCUGGAACAAAGACUGGUGAUGAACGAUGGGGCCAGGGGACAAU